AUGGCUCUGUUGUGCGACAAAUACCGUCCGACGACUCUAACGAAGUGUGACUUCAAUCACAAACAGAGCCAACAUCUGAAGCGAUUGAUAUCUUCGGGUAAUUUCCCGCAUCUCUUGAUCUUCGGUCCGAGCGGUUCCGGGAAGAAGACCCGCGCAUACGCUCUGUUGCGCGAAGUGUUUGGCUCAGGAGUCGAGCGCUUAAGACUCGAACACAAACAGUUUGAGACCAGUUAUGGCCGCAAAUUUGAACAGACAGUCAUGUCCAGCAACUAUCACCUCGAAGUGAAUCCAAGCGAUUCCAAUCUCUUCGACCGACUCGUCGUUCAACAGUUGAUCAAAGAGUUGGCCACGAGUUCGGCGUUGACUGAGAAGCACUCGUUCAAAGUGGUGGUCAUCACUGAAGCCGAUCGACUCACUCGUGAGGCUCAACACGCGUUACGCCGAACGGCCGAGAAGUAUGUGUCCACCUGUCGACUGAUCCUAAUCGCCGAAAGCUCUUCGCCAAUCAUUCCGGCCGUUAAGUCCCGAUGUCUUCUCAUUCGCAACGCGUCGCCCACCGAAGCAGACAUAUCAUCCGUAUUGACCACAAUAGCGAAGAAGGAGUGCAUAACUCUUCCGCCAGUGAUGGCCGAUAAGAUAGCGGCUGAAUGUGACCGCAAUCUGCGCCGAGCGUUGCUUAUGUUAGAGACGUAUAAUGUGAGACAAUCGGCCGGCGGAUCAAAUUCGGUGAUAGCUGUACCGCAACCGCAAUGGAAGCAACAAUUGGAAGCGUUGGCCAAAAAGCUGACGGUUUCGCAGUCGUUGAAGAAAGUGAUGGAAAUCCGAAGUGCUUUAUAUGAAUUGCAAACACAUUUAGUUCCCAACGAUUUGAUUGUCAGAGAAUUGGUUAACCAUUUGCUGAACCGAUGCUUAGAUGAAGACAUGAAACUUCAAUUGAUAUCGUUUGCGGCCGAUUGCGAGCAUUACAUGCGUUUGGGAUCCAAACCAAUCAUCCAUUUGGAAGCGUUUGUCAUAAAGUUUAUGACUUUAUAUAAAUGCUCUGUCGAUGGCAUUCAGUUUGACUCCGAAGACAUGUUUGACUUCAAUUAA